AUGAUAUCAGUGAAACAUGAAACAUCACUGAAGUUAAUCAACAUUCCUGGUAAAUACCAAAUGAAUGAUCCAUCAUCAACUCGGGACACACCGACUGAAAAAGAGUCAGUGGAUCAAUGGGAAUUAGCCAAUGCUUGCUGCUACCACCAGAUUUAUGUUUAUGUUUACCCCUUGGACAUUCCUAUCCGGAUCCAGGACAAAACUUAUGAGAAUGAGAGAUGGACUCCUGUUAAUGGCUUUUCUGGAAAAAACUUGCUUCCCACUGAUCGCAAGAAUUGGAGUGAUGAAAAUGGAGAAGGAUACUACCCAAAAGAAAGUUUUCAGUUGCCUUCCCAGUACUGGGAAUGGGAAGGAGGUUGGAUAGUGGAUGAAAAUUUCCGUGGACAUUUGACUGAUCGAGGUGGUUGGCAGUAUGCAGCUAACUUUCCCUCGUACUGGACACAAGAUAUCAAAUGGAAUUCCUGUGUACGUAAACGCAAGUGGAUCAGAUUCCGGCGCUACACUGCUGUUGACAGCUGGGCCAAGGUUCCUGAUCUCACCAUUCAGAGUCACAAAGAAGCAUUUAUUGAUGUCUCAGUUGGUGGAUUUGAGUUACCUAAUCAGCCUCUUGGACACCUAUGUGUAUGGGCAGUUACUGUGGAUGGACAGGUAUUUGUGCGGAGUGGUGUGAGUCGAGAUUGUCCAGAAGGUAAAGAAUGGUGCCACAUAAACACCAAUGGUCAGAGCAUUAUCAAUAUAUCCGUAGGUCCUACUGGGCGUGUCUGGGCAGUGACAUGGGAUGGAACAGCUUAUGUACGAAUAGGCCUGUCACGUGAUUGUAUCUAUGGAAACCAAUGGAUAGAAGUGGAUCCUCCCUCAGCCACUUCCAAAUUAAUGCAAGUGGCUGUGGGAAAGAAUGCUGUAUGGGCCCUCAGCAGAGAUGGACAGGUAUGGUUUCGGAAAGGGAUCCAGGAAAAUGAUUUAGAAAAUGACUUGACUGCCUUGACAGGGUCAGUGUGGGUUGAAAUGGUUGGUCUGAUGUCUGUGAUAUCGAUUGGUCCAAAUGACCAGGUCUUUGGAAUUGGUCUGAACAGUGAAGCUGUCUACUAUCGUUUUGGUGUAAAACCAGAUGAACUGAGUGGCAAGACAUGGCAACCAUUACAGAUAAAUUUGCCCCCAGAGCGCCAAUCAAUGUCGGACACAGACAGCGUCAGUGCUGCUUUUCUUGGACACAGCUCUUCAGCUGAUAACAGCUUUGAUAUCACUGGUUCCACUCCUUGCGUCAACCUUGAUGAAAAUUCUGCAGAAUGUGCUACAUUUUAUUCCCAUCAAAUGAUUCGGGAACAAUUAUUUGGGAAAGAGUAUGAUUACAACAUGGAGGGUUACCCUCCAAUGAUUGGAGGAUCUUUACCUGGUCGAUUUCCAGAUGAUGAACCUAAUGCAGCAGAGGCUCUGAUGUCCCGCAGUGAAGGCAGUAUUUGGUAUGAGGGUAAUAGUUGUAAAACUAGUAUUUAUAAUCCUGGAGACAUUGAUGUGAUACAGGUUGGCAGUCCACAGGCUGCAUCGAACCACCUUACGUCACCAACCAUCAUUCCUUACCGAAGAAGGGAUGAAGAACAAGACAUUUUCUCUGGUGAUUCUGAAAAACUGACAUGGCGCUGGAUAUCAGCUAUGUCUUGCCUCAUUGACAAACCAUCGUCUGUUUGCUGGUUUACUUCCAGAAGACAAGGCACUGGUUCUACUAGUAGUAUUAUUGAUGAUACAACUAUUCUUCUUCCGCCCUCUCUCCGAACCAAUAUUCUUCAGAAACUUCAAGCUCGGAACUACAAAGAAGUGACGCAAUUCUCCCACUUAGAACAUGCAGUAGAAAAGGUGUCAUGGAUAAAGAAGGGUAACCUCCACUGGUUGGAGAAUGUCCAGAAAUCCAAGUGGGUGGAAUGCAGUGUUGAGUUUGAACAAGGCAUGGACAGUGUGUGUGACCCUAGUACUUUUACGAUUCAUUAUGUUGUCAAAACCAACCAUAUGCAUCUGCAAAUCCUUUUGAGUGAAGUUUUAUGCACCUGUCGAGUUAGUGAACCAAACCGACAAAAUCUGAUGGCUGUUCAUGUCACCCCAGAGGUCAGCCACACUUCUCCUAUCCUGCUGUCUGCUACAAAUGAAGCUGAAAUUGAUGAUUGGGUAUCCACUAUCAACAUUGCCUCUGUGUCCAAACACAGAUAUCUAAGUUUGGGCGUCCAACCAGGCGCUGUGUGGUCAACAAUGGUGCGUGGAGACAUCUUUGUUUAUGACCCUACUAACAGUAUGUUAGACAGUGGGUCAUCAGGCACCCUUAAAAAUUCAUGCCCAAAAUGGAUCCCAGUUGGUGGCCACUUGCACCUGGUGGAGACUAAUCCAUUAAAUGUUAGCUGGGGAAUUGGUUAUGACAGCACAGCCUGGGUUUAUACAGGAGGAUUUGGUGGAGAUAUUUUGAAAAGUGUUUCUGAUGCCAGUUGGCGAGUACAUCCCCAAUCAGAUGUCCGCAGUGUUUUUAUCUAUGAAAAUCAAAAAUGGACCCCUCCGUAUGGUUAUUCUAACAGGGGCUUCAUGGCAGAUGGUCAUGAUUGGAGUGACCGGUCAGGACGCUACAAACGGACCAAAGAAAAUACCCAACUUCCAUCUGGUCAAUGGGUCUGGAUGGCUGACUGGGCAAUAGAUUAUUCUGUACCUGGAGAAGUAGAUCCUGAAGGUUGGCAGUACUCCACAGAUUUUCACAGACCAUUCCAUCGUCGAAAAGGUUGGACAGAUACUGUCCGACGUAGGCGCUGGUACAGGAAGUGUAAAAUUUCUACACGUGGUCCCUUGUUGGAAAUUGGUCCCACCAAAUUACUGGACAUCUCGAUCCAAGUGGCUGACCUGCAUCUGACCGAUAAUCAGUCUCUCUACCUGCAGGCAAUUGCUGUGUGGGCAGUGGGCUGGAAUGGAGAUGUGCUUUGCCGCAGGGGAGUCACCCCUAGUACGCCUCAGGGAUCUUACUGGCAGCACAUCGCCACGGCCACAGACCAGCCAUUCCAAGCCAUAUCUGUGGGUGGAGAAUUCCGGGUGUGGGCCAUUGCAAAAGAUGGUUCAGCAUGGUUUCGCUGUGGAGUUUCCCUUUCAAAUCCUGCAGGGAACUGCUGGUUCCAUGUGAUUCCACCACCACCAUCAGACCACGUACUUCAUCAGAUCUCUGUUGGUGUGACCAGUGUUUGGGCUGUAGACAUUCAAGGAAAUCUCUGGUUCCGUAACGACAUCACACCCAUAUUUCCUGAAGGCACAUGUUGGACCAAAGUUGCCAGUUUGGUGAGGAGAGUUUCUGUUGGACCAAAAGAUCAGGUUUGGGUUGUUGUGGAUGCAAAUUUCAUGAAGUCUGGCUGUGAAGGUGGAAGCGUCUACCAGAGAAUGGGAAUCACUGCUGAGUGUCCAACAGGAACAGGGUGGCAAAAAGUGAUAGGGGGUGGUUGGCAGCAUGUUUCAAUUCGUGGUUGCAUGGAAGAUUUGAUUGUUCCUGCUCUUUCAAUCUGA